UUCACGGUGAGGCUGCGUCGCUCGAGUCGGUGAAAUAAUGGACUAAUUCGUGUUACAAAAGCCAUCGUGAUCGGAUAAAAACGUGUUUAAAAGUUGCCCCAAUCCACGGUGCAAGCAGAUGAUUUUGAAGGGCUGAUCCAGCGAUAGAGAGAGAGAGAAAAAAAAAUAACAAGGCGAACAACCGAAAGCAGGUAGAAAAAGCAGACACACCAUGUCAGAACCACAGGUCGAGUCCAUAGAAAAACAGCACCGUUCGCGUUCCAAGACGCCCAUCUUCAACUUGCGCGUCAGUGCGGAACGUGAGCAGAACGGGGCAGAUGCCUCGCCCGGCCGCAAAGUACAUAAAAAACCAACCGUUGGCAUGAUCGAAGAAAAGGAUGAACUACAGUCCGGUCAGUCUUCGGAGAAAUCUGGCCCACCGACCGGUGGACAGACUCGUAGCACUGCGGUGCGCAAAACGCGCGUCGUAACGUCCGAUUAUUCCUCGGAUGAUAUAUCCCCAGAGCGGGUACGAGCGGCUGCUGCUGCAGUCCUCGUUGCAAGUGCCAACGAGCAGUUGGCCAAAACGACCGCACAGUUGUCGCAAUCUACCGUUACGACCACCUCGACCAUAACAACAUCAGUCGUCAUGCGUGGUCAGCAGCAAGAGCAAACACAAAAGAGCACAGCCUCGAAAGUGGUCGUGAAUGACUCCGCAGUUGCUUCAAGCUCACCAAAGAAAGAUGCCGCUGGACCACAGAUCACUGCGCUUCCGACAGCUGGCGUAACGCAGGAGUCGAAGAUGGGCACCGCUAAAAAGGCCACCACAGGCAUUCGCACGAGCACACCGAAAAAUGCGGCCCCGGUCACGCGCUCCUCGACAAAGGCGGCGCUCACUCCGGAGGAACUGCAGCAAUUCGUUGCCUACAAAGAGUACCGGGAAGCGGGUGAAUAUUGGAACAAGUACCCAAAAACCGAUUACACCUACUCCGAGCUGUCGCCACACCGCCGUGAGCUGGCCCAGGGAAUGGUUGCCAUGCCGAACAUGUCGCGCCCAAGUCUCUUCAAACACGCCGAACGCGUCCAGACGAUGAUCCAGCGUGAUCCGAUGCGCGAGGCGUACAUUCGUGAACGGUACGCCGCGGGUAAUCUGUUUGGCACCCGCCGGCAGGAUUCGGAUUCGUACGAUUCGACCGACGAACUCGACGGCGCUGACUAUCGGCGGCAGUUACACUUCAACGCAGAAGGUCGAUCGAUCGUCAGUCGGUUCUUCCUUUCGAUCGUGACGUUCCUCUACAGUAGCUUCCACUCGUUCCGAUCGCUGUUCGUGAAAAGGACGGAUGAGCGCCAACAGUACUAUACGCGCAUCGAGGAUGAACGAGGUUUCUUCACUCGCGUGUACGGACACGUUGCGUCGUUCUUCAUCAGCGUGUUCAAGCGCAUCUAUCUGCUGAUCUCUUCCGUACUCUUCCUGGACGCCUGGUUGCUGCAGACGGUAGCCACCGGCACUGAGCAGCAGCAACAGGCGGUCGGUCAACGGAAGCGCCGCUAUUUGCUGUUUCUGCUCGUACUGUUGCCAUUCUUGCUGAUCGGAGCCUACCUCUUGGCGGACGAAGAGCAAACCAUCGUACUGCCGGCAUCAUCGCGUGCCACGUUAGCACUGUCAUCGCUGUCGCGGGUCCUUCCGGACGGUAUUAAGAAUGCGGAAGCGACCGUAGAACAGCUUUACCAGUACGUUAGUAGCGCAACGAUCGAUAGUUGGCCGACGCUCAGUUUACCCACCGUCGGCUGGUCGAUCGUGCCAUCCUUUGCCUGGUUAACGAACUUUGCGUGGCCCUGGUGGCCUCGAAGCACUACCAGUAACAAUCCGGAAACGUCAGCACUUCGCGAUACUUUGCGGAAAACUCUCAGCAGGGAAGAAUACAACGAGCUAAUGCAUCACAUCGAUGCAUACAUUGAUGGGCUGAUGGAGCAGAAGUACGCCUCUAGGAUGGCCAGCCCGGAGAGCCCGCCAAAGGAAGGUGCUGUUACGCCGGAAAUAACGGUACACAUGGCGCACGUUAUCGAGCAAAGUUUAAAGUCAUACAACUAUCAGCUCACGGAUAGUGACGUGGAAAAGGUGGCACAGCAAGUGCACCAAACGCUUCUGCUCAGUUACCCCGCGUUGUUUGAACAAGGCUCUAAGGAGGAACCGGCGGACAGCAAAGUUACGCUGACGAAGGAAUACAUUGCGCAGAUACAGCGAUUAGUUGAGCAGCAGAUAAGCGUUACCAACAACCAGUACGUUAUCACGGGACCACAGUUGGAAGAUCUCCUCACGAGGAUACUUGCGUCCGAGGGACUUCUCACGCUAAUCGAUCAAAGAAUCGACACGAAGCACGGGGAGGCCAGUCGCGUCGCUAGCGAACAGCGCGAUGCGCUUGUCGAUGCGUUGCGCAAGGAACUGACCGAUAUUAAAGAUCACUUCAACGAGCAACUGUUGAGCAGUAGCUUACAGUGGGAAGAACGGUUACGUCUCGUCUCGCAAAACCAGGCGCAACUUGACGAUCAGCUGCGUGCGUAUCGAUUAGAGAAUGAUCGGCUCUACCAAAAGCUGCUGGCCGAUCUCGAUGGCCGGCUAGGAGCGCUGCGUACCGAACGCUUUGAGGGCAUCAAUCGGGUGGUCCGGGAAAACAUUCUCACCAUUCUCGGUCUCAACGUGCAACAGGACAUCCCUGACGGUGAUCUUCGAUCGUGGAUCAACGGCGUGUUCGUGGCACGGGAACACUUGGAGCAACGGUUGGUGGAGUUGCGUGAAACGGUGAAGGCCGAUCGUCAGUCAGAUAUUGAACAAAAUGCUGCUCGCCUAAUGAAGGACAUUGGGGAUCAAAUCCGAUCGGAGAUGUUGGCACGCUUCGAAGAAGUGCGAUCGGAAACCGUUGACGCUGUCCGAACUAAAACGGACAGCUCCGAUGAUGGUGGCAGUGGUGGUGGUGGCGGGACAUUGACUGAGGAUGACGUUAAGCGGAUUGUGCGUGAUGCACUCGUCAUCUACGAUGCCGAUAAGACGGGGCGCGUCGAUUACGCACUGGAGACGGCCGGUGGUCAGGUGCUUUCGACACGCUGCACCGAAAACUAUAAGUCCCAUUCGGCCGAGUUUCGCAUCUUUGGCAUACCGAUCUGGUAUCCCUCCAAUACACCGCGCACCGUUAUUUCACCCACGAUGGAACCCGGGCAGUGCUGGGCAUUUCAAGGAUUCCCCGGUUAUCUGGUCAUACAAUUAAACACCCGAAUAGUCGUGACGGGUUUCACGCUGGAGCAUAUCUCUAAGCUGCUUGUAGCCAACGGAUCGAUUAGUUCUGCCCCGAAAGCGUUUACCGUUUGGGGUCUACAAAAUCUAAACGACCCCGAUCCCGUGCUCCUGGGCAGCUAUGAGUAUCGGGACGUGCCGGACAGCAGCCUCCAGUACUUCCCGGUGCAGAACAAACAGUGGCAGGAACCGCUGCAGAUCGUCGAGCUACGUAUCGAGUCGAACCAUGGCAACGUGCACUACACGUGUCUGUACCGGUUUCGGGUGCACGGCACCAAGACUUAGGACGAGAGAGACCGGAACCAGGAAAGGGAAUGUGUCUUUUUCGCGCAACGCCCGCUAAGUGUCAUUUGCCAGCAGCUACAACGAAUUUGUUGCAACAGGUCCUGCCCCUUUGUACCCGUUAGAGGUACAUUUCUUUUUAUGUGAAUUUUAUGUAUUUAUUUGUCACUUUCGUCCACUUCUUUACGUCUUACUUUUACACAUCGAUUGGUUUCGCGUAGGAACUUGCCCAUCGCAGCGAAACCGAUCGAGCGUCGUCGUCUGGCUGGCGUUUAGUGUAUUGUAUUGAUGUCCUUUUAAGAUGUAAACUUUUUAAUACUGUUUUGUUGUUCGUUUUUAUUUAACUCUCAAUGCACGCAAUACCAUUGAUUAAGAUUAACAA